AAAGAAGGGGAAGGGCAAAAGCCUUUGUGGAGGGCAAAUGGGAGCGGCUUUGGCGAUGGCGACCGUGUAGAUCCAGGGAAGAGCGCGCUGGCGAUGGCGGUGGCGAUGGCGGUGGCGAUGGCGCCGGCGGCGCUUGCCUAGGAGGAGGCGCCUCCCUCAUCGGCCGCAGAGAUGCAUGAUUCUUUCGGUGGAGUUUGUUCGUCCCGGGAGCGGCUCUAGGUUAGUGGAGAGAAAUCGGCAUUCGCAGCGGGAGGCCCGGAUCUCCUUAGCGGGGUAUGGAUCCGGCCGUCUUGGACGAUAUUAUCACGCGCCUUCUCGACGUUCGCAAUGGCCGCCCAGGGAAACAGGUCCAGUUGUCUGAGGCGGAGAUCCGGCAGCUUUGCCUCACUGCCAAGGACAUCUUCCUGUCGCAGCCCAAUUUGCUGGAGCUCGAGGCGCCCAUCAAGAUCUGCGGAGAUAUUCACGGCCAGUAUUCAGAUUUGCUCAGGCUUUUCGAGUAUGGUGGCUUCCCCCCGGCCGCAAACUAUCUCUUCUUGGGUGACUACGUGGACCGUGGGAAGCAGAGCCUGGAAACCAUCUGCCUUCUCCUGGCCUAUAAGAUUAAGUAUCCGGAGAACUUCUUCUUGUUGAGAGGGAACCAUGAAUGCGCCUCCAUCAACCGGAUAUAUGGUUUCUACGAUGAGUGUAAGAGGAGAUUCAAUAUCAGAUUGUGGAAGACAUUCACAGAUUGCUUCAACUGUCUACCAGUAUCAGCGCUGGUGGAUGAGAAGAUACUGUGCAUGCACGGGGGCCUCUCCCCGGACAUGAAGAGCUUGGACAUGAUCCGGAAGAUCUCCCGGCCAACAGACGUCCCGGACACUGGGCUCUUAUGUGAUCUUCUCUGGGCGGACCCGGACAAGGACGUAACAGGCUGGGGUAGCAACGACCGUGGGGUGUCUUACACGUUUGGAGCGGACGUGGUAGGGGACUUUCUCCAAAAGCAUGACUUGGAUCUCGUGUGCCGAGCUCAUCAGGUAGUCGAGGACGGCUACGAGUUCUUUGCGAAGCGGCAGCUUGUAACAAUAUUCUCGGCCCCCAACUAUUGCGGCGAAUUUGACAACGCAGGAGCGAUGAUGAGCGUGGACGAUACGCUCAUGUGUUCUUUCCAGAUCCUCAAGCCGGCGGACAAGAAGGGAGCAGGCAAGUGAAGAACACACAGCCACACAGCAAGAAAACAAGGAGAAAACCAAGAAAAAAAAGGAGUGAGAGAGGGAGAGAGAGAGAGAGACCACAACUACAAACAUCUUCGACAUCAACGACAGCUAGUCUUGUUCGCGAAUUCGGUUCGGAUCGGAGCUAUGCGUAGCUUUAUACAAACAACACCACAGUUGAUUUUGCAUAAAAAGCUGUUUUUUUUUUUUAAUUCGUGCUUUCGAUGGUUUUCGUUAGUAUCCGAACGGACGACCCUCA